UGGCCCCUCCCCAGGGCCUCAGCUCGUCCCCAGGCACAAGGCAGCCAGGCCGGAGCAGCUGCGGGACCAGGGCCCCGGGGACUGCGCCAUGUGGACCUGCUGGUGGCUCUGGCCCCUGGUGGCCGUCUGCACCGCUGACCAGUUUCUGGACCAGGCAAAGAGAAUUAUGCAGACCACACCUGUCAUUGACGGGCACAACGACCUGCCCUGGCAGCUGCUGCUCAGGUUCAACAAUGAGCUUCGGCAGAAGGACGCCAACCUGACCAGCCUGACGGGCACGCACACCAACAUCCCCAAGCUGAAGGCUGGUUUGGUGGGGGGCCAGUUCUGGUCUGCGUACACGCCCUGCAACACCCAAAACAAAGACGCUGUGAAGAGGACGCUGGAGCAGAUUGACGUCAUCCACCGCAUGUGCCAGAUGUACCCUGAGACCUUCCUGUGUGUCACCAGCAGCCAAGGCAUCCGACAGGCCUUCCAGGAGAGGAAGGUGGCCAGUCUGAUCGGGGUGGAGGGCGGCCACUCCAUCGACAGCAGCCUGGGCGUCCUGCGGGCUCUCUACCACCUGGGCAUGCGGUACCUGACCCUCACGCACAGCUGCAACACCCCCUGGGCGGACAACUGGCUGGUGGACACCGGGGACCACGAUGCCCAGAGCGGCGGCCUGUCGGACGACUUCGGGAAGAGCGUGGUGAGGGAGAUGAACCGGCUGGGCGUCAUCAUCGACCUGGCCCACGUGUCUGUGGCCACCAUGAAGGCCGUGCUCAACCAGUCCCAGGCGCCCGUCAUCUUCAGCCACUCCUCCGCCUUCGCGCUGUGCGAGCACCGGCGGAACGUGCCGGACGACGUGCUCCGGCUGGUGAAGCAGACGGGCAGCCUGGUGAUGGUGAACUUCUACAAUGACUACGUCGCCUGCAAAAGGGAGGCCAACCUGUCUCAAGUGGCAGACCACCUGGACCACAUCAAGAAGGUGGCGGGAGCCGGAGCCGUCGGCUUUGGUGGGGACUUCGACGGUGUUACGAGGCUCCCGGUGGGGCUUGAGGACGUGUCCAAGUACCCAAACCUGGUCGCCGAGCUGCUCAGGAGGCAGUGGACGGAGGCGGAGGUCAGGGGCGCCCUGGCUGACAACCUGCUGAGGGUCUUCGAGGCGGUGGAGCAGGCCAGCAACCACGCCCGGGACCCCGAGGAGACGCCCAUCGAGCAGAAUUCCCUGGACAGCUCCUGCCGGACGAGCUAUGGCUACUCAGCGGCCCCCGGCCUCCACCUCCAGCCCGCGGCCCUGCUGGCCUCCCUCACCCCCCUCCUCCUCGGCCUGCGUCUCCCGUGACAGCCUGGGGACCAAGCCCCGGCACAGGGGUGACUGGCCGUCGGGGCAGCCGAGCCCAGGAACUGCUCCCGCGCACAAGGACGGGCCUGUCCUGCGAGGGCCCUGGGAUCCCCUGGGCUGUGCACUGUGGGGGGCUCAGGCCGGGCCCAGAGGCCCCUCAAUAAAGGCACCGGCCCUUUG